AGAAAAUCACACAGGCCUAAAAGAAGAAUGUCACAUGAGACACAUAGGUUAGAGCCCUAUCAGAGCCACAGCAGGCCUGAUGUCUUGGAGGGUCGUCUGAGCGGUCAGGAGAGGGCACUGGCUGUUCUGCUAGAACAGGCUUUCAGGAUUAAAGAGGAGGUGGCAGCAGGCCUGCAGUCCACCAAGGGCUCUGUCCAGGUCGAGGCACUUUCCCGCAAGCUGCUGGAGAGUCACAUACUGACCAUCACACGCAUUGUAAAGCAGCUUAGCAUGGACAUACAGGCCCUAGAGACACAGAUCACCCAGCGGGACUCUGUUACCUUUGGGACCACACUUGCUGUUCAAAGCUUAGACCAGAAAAACAUGGCUGGCAUUGGAGACCUGAGACGAAGAGUAGCCAGGUGUGAUGCCAGCAUUGCCAAGCUGAGCGCUGACAUGAGCUCUGGGGAGCGGCAGAUGAUUAGACUGCAGCAGGAGGUGGCAGAGCUCAGGUCAGCUGUGGACGUAAGGCUCCAGGAGCUGGAAGUCAAGCUUCAUCGUGACCUUGGGAGACUGGAGGCCUCAUUGACUGAGCAUUCACAGAGCCAACGGAGCUCUAUGUCUGACCUACAUAAACAAGUUAAAUUACUAGAAGACACGAUGUUGGGUGGGCUAAAGGAAGUGAAGGAGCAGUUAGAUUCACUGAGAAAGUGGACAGAACUACAGCUCAACAGCUCCAUACAGACACAUGAGCAGAGCAGCGAGCAGCUCCUCUCACGACUGCAAGACAAUGUGUUAGAAGCAGAGUCCAGAUUAGCUGAACAGCUCCGUGCUCUGGAGGCCCGUGUGGAUCAGUUUGAGACCCAGAGGGACCAGGCUGACCACACUCAGGCAGAUCAGCUGAAACACUCUGAAGCCAAACUCAGUAAAAGAAUGACCUCAGUGGAGAACAGCCUUCAGCAGGAGCUGCAGCUGCUCAAACAGGAAUACCACAAAGGGUUCCUGUCAGUGCAUGAUGCCAUGGAGUCCCUGAGGAAGAUAGGUGACAUUAAAUCCCGCCUUGACAAGGAGACACUGCAGAAGGAUAUGAGGCACAUCUGCAGCAAGGUGGUAGAGCUCUGUGACUUGUGA